ACCAGAAAGUCCAGUUGGCUUACUUAUGCAGCGAUCCAUUGACUUUGUCUCCUCCGUUUUUUUAAUCACACAUGCACAUGUGGUUUUCAGAAUCAUGGAAGUGCAAAACGUGCUUUGAAAGCUUCAUGUUUUAAUAAGCACCAUAGAUUAGGGCUAGUACAAAGAUCUAAAGAGGCAGGAUCACGAGGUUUCAUUCAUGAAUUAUCAAUCAUACUCACUCACACUCGCUAUUUAAACACCAGUUCAAGUCUCUCUUAAACUUCGCCCAUAAUUACAAGCAAAAAAUGGCACCACAAAAACGCAUAGGUCUCAUAGGUCUUUCCGCCGGAGGAUCUUGGGCUUCGCGAUCCCAUCUCUCGUAUUUGAACUCAAGCCCAUACUACACUAUCACAGCUUUACAAAAUAGCUCCAAGGAAUCUGCCGAAGCAUCCGCUAAAGCAUACAACCUUUCCAACGUCUCCACCCAUGGCAGCCCGGAUGAUCUAGCCAAAGAUCCAAAUGUUGACAUUGUAGCGGUCAGCGUCAAUGUUCCUCAACACUACAAGCUCACAAAGCCUGCAAUUGAAGCGGGGAAAGACGUUUUUGUUGAAUGGCCUCUAGGAAAAACUCUAGCUGAAGCCGAAGAGCUCACAAAGCUUGCUCAAGACAAAGGAAUCAAAACCAUGGUUGGCUUGCAAGCACGUUAUAAUCCCUCCUUCAUCAGAGCCCGCGAAAUCGUCAAGAGUGGGAAAUUAGGAAAGAUCAUGCAGAGCACAAUGUUCGGUCACGGGGUGCUCUACGCUCCACAAAUACCCCCUAGUUACGAGUACACGCUCCCUAUUGAAAACGGUGCGAACUUAAUUACCAUCCCUUUUGCACAUGCGGUGGAUGGCCUCGCGUUUGUCUUGGGCGAGUUUGAGAGCUUGUCGGCGACGUUGAAUAAUGCUCGGCUAGAGCAUUCGGUUGUGGACGCUGACGGCAAGGAAUUGAGAAAGUCUGCAAAGACAGCGCAUGACACCGUGAGUGUGACGGGAAAGUUGGUCGAGGGUGGUGGUAUCGUUGAUGUUACCUAUGUAGGAGGGUUUUCGCGCACCGAUCGCAACUUCCAUUGGGAGAUCAACGGCACGGAAGGUUCGCUGGUGUUGGAAGCUGAUUCAGGACAUGUACAGAUGUAUCAACCUACAGUCAAGCUCAUUCUGGGCGACGGCGAAGCGAAGAAAGUAGAAGAUAUAGAAGUGGAGAAGGCUGGAAAACCAGAGGAGGGCGAUUUCUCCUUUAAUGUGGGCAAGGCAUGGGAUGUCUGGGCAGAGAGCCCUGAUAAUGUCAUCGAAUUCAAGGACGCCGUGUUGAGGCACAAGAUGGUUGACGCUAUCUAUCGAAGUGCGGAGAAGGGAACUGUGGAGAAGUAUCUCUGA